AUGGCGGUAUUCUCAAUUCAUCCCGGGAAGGGCCCAGGACCAGAUGGGUUCUCUUCUUCUUUCUACCAAUCGUUUUGGACAAUCAUUGGUGAAGAUGUCUGUCGGUCCAUCCGAAGUUUCUUUGAAACUAGCUACCUCCAUCCGCGUCAGAAUGAGACGCAUGUGAGGCUUAUUCCAAAAAUCUCAGGACCAAGGAAAGUGGGAGACUACAGACCUAUCGCUCUUUGCAACACUCAUUACAAAAUUAUAGCUAAGAUCCUCACUGGCAGACUCCAGCCUAUUCUGCCUGAACUUAUCUCUCCAUUUCAGUGUGCCUUUGUGCCUAACCGUGCGAUCUCUGACAACGUCCUUAUCACACAUGAGAUUCUUCAUUUUCUUCGUACUUCAGAGGCUAAAAAGUUUUGCUCAAUGGCUGUGAAAACAGACAUGAGCAAAGCUUAUGAUCGAAUUGAGUGGGGAUUUCUUAAAUCAGUGUUAGAAAAGCUUGGUUUCAGUGAGAGAUGGAUUAGCUGGAUUUCGGCUUGUGUUAGCUCUGUGUCCUACUCCUUUCUCAUAAAUGGAUCACCACAAGGACAAGUGAUCCCAUCCCGCGGAUUGAGACAAGGAGAUCCUCUCUCCCCCUACCUCUUCAUACUAUGUACUGAGGUCCUGUCGGGACUGUGUGUUAAAGCUCAAGACCAAGGUAUCCUCUCUGGUAUCAAGGUGAGCAGAGCAAGUCCACCAGUUAACCACCUUCUUUUUGCGGACGAUACUAUGUUCUUUUGCAAAUCAAAUGCUAGAUGUUGCCAAGCGCUCACUCAGAUACUAGCAAAAUAUGAAAAAGUAUCGGGACAAUGUAUCAAUCUUACGAAGUCCACAAUCACCUUCUCAUCAAAGACACCGGCAGAAGCAAAGGUCAGAGUUAAGAACUCGCUAAAUAUCACUCAGGAGGGAGGACUUGGUAAUUACCUAGGUCUACCAGAAAACUUUGGGAGGAAGAAACGAGACAUCUUUGCCUCUAUUGUGGAUAAGGUCCGACAACGAGUACACAGCUGGCCAGGUCGUUUCUUAUCUGGAGCUGGGAAACAAGUGCUCCUUACAACGGUUCUCACUGCCUUACCAAUAUACCCUAUGUCAUGUUUUAAACUCCCUGUCUCCCUUUGCAAACAAAUCCAGUCUGUUCUCACACGUUUCUGGUGGGAUGACAAACCGGAGGUUAAAAAAAUGUGCUGGGUGUCUUGGGAGUCCCUUACUCAACCAAAGUAUUUGGGAGGACUAGGCUUUCGUGAUCUAGAGAAAUUCAACGAUGCCCUUUUGGCAAAAACGGGAUGGCGGCUCCUCACUCAACCAGACUCUCUGCUUACGAGAGUUCUUCUUGGGAAAUAUUGCAACUCCUCAAGCUUUCUCGAAUGUUCAGCUACACCAAGAGUGGCUUCUCAUGGCUGGCGAAGCAUCCUUACGGGUAGAGAACUGCUUCUUAAAGGACUUGGUUGGUCAGUAGGCAACGGUGCAUGUAUUAAUGUUUGGAGGGACGCUUGGCUAUCGCUGGAUCACUCCCAAGCUCCAUUUGGGCCACCUACUGCGGAUACUGCAGAGCUAAAAGUGCAGGAUCUUCUAUGUCCUGUCACAAAUGAUUGGAAUGUGGACGUUAUUCGUCAGAUCUUACCUCAGUAUGAGGAACCAAUUCGUAAGCUUAUUACCAGCUAUGUCCCGUCUACAGAUGCUCUGGUUUGGUUACCUGAGAACUCAGGGUCUUACUCGACGAAAUCGGGAUAUGCUAUCGCAAAACAAUUCCAACAACAGUCGACCAUUGAUAGCUUUAACUGGAACAAACAAGUUUGGCAAACUAAACUUCCCCCAAAACUGAAAAACUUUCUCUGGAAAAUUGCAGCAGGGGCUCUCCCUCUGGGCUCAAACCUCGUAAAAAGAGGAAUGGUUGGAGCUGCUAACUGUAAAAGAUGCAGUCUGGAGUCUCGCACCCUUUGCGGCCCUACCAAACCCUUCCACACUCACGUCCGCCAAACUCUUGUUACAAAAUGCAGUAGGUCUUGUGAGCCUCCCCCGUGUGGAGUGUCCCUAACCCCCCUGGUUCCCUGGAUCAUGUGGAACUUGUGGACUGCGAGAAACCUGCUCCUCUUUGAAAACAGAGUCUACUCUGCAAUUGACGUCAUGCACAAGGCGAUCACAGAUGCACGACAGUGGCAGGAGGCCCAGUUAGCUAUCCCCAAACCUUCCCAAAGACCUCUGGAAAUCCUGACUCCUACUACCUCGGCUCAGUCUCAUGUGUGCUUCGUAGAUGCUGCAUGGUGCCCAGCUUCAGGAUCGAGUGGAGCUGGUUGGAUCCUCAAAGACCAGUCAGAAUUAAUCCUUUCUCAGGCGUCCGCAACACGCCCCUUUGUGCCUUCUGCUCUAGCUGCAGAGGCGUUGGCGAUUCGAAGUGCUCUGUUUCACAUCACUUCAAUCGCUCAUUUCUCUUCAAUCCGAUCUCUCAAGAUCUGUUCUGAUUCUCAGGUUCUUAUUAAGCUGCUCAAGACAAACGGAACCCACAAGGAGCUUAAAGGAAUACUACAUGACAUUCGUUGUCUGCAGAAUUCUUUCUCCUCUAUCCUUUUUAGUUAUAUUUCUCGUUCAAACAAUAUGGAAGUGGAUGCCCUGGCUAAAUCCGCUCUCUCUGCUUCAGUUCUUGUAACCAACUCCUCCCUUAGUGGAGUUUAACUCUUUUAUUUAUCA